GAAGGCAAAGUCUUCCUCCGGUGGAGCCAUCUUGUUCUUCUCCGGAGGACUCGGCGGAGGGGAGCGGGGAGGAUGAAGGGUUUCCCGGCUGUGGCGAGCUCCCUCUCGAAGAGACUUUAUUCACUUAAAGUAGCUCCUAAAGUUGCAAGCUCAGCAAAAGCAGAACGAGUGAAAUUAUCUCCAGAGACACAGGAUCUUGAGAUUACAAAAUUACCAAAUGGCUUAGUUAUUGCGUCUCUGGAAAACUUCUCCCCAGCUUCAAGAAUUGGUGUAUUCAUUAAAGCAGGCAGCAGAUAUGAAACUACCAGUAACUUGGGGACCGCACACUUGCUUCGUCUUGCAUCUAAUUUGACUACUAAAGGAGCAUCUUCUUUCAAGAUUACUCGUGGCAUUGAAGCUGUUGGGGGUAGCCUGAGUGUGUAUUCAACAAGAGAGAAAAUGACUUACUCUGUUGAAUGCCUGCGUGACUAUGUUGAUACAGUAAUGGAGUACCUCCUUAAUGUCACUACAGCUCCAGAAUUCAGGCCAUGGGAAGUAACUGAUCUUCAGCCACAAUUAAAAGUUGACAAAGCAAUUGCAUUUCAGAACCCACAAGUUGGCGUUCUGGAAAACUUGCAUGCUGCAGCUUAUAAGAAUGCUCUGGGAAACCCCUUAUAUUGUCCAGAUUAUGCAAUUGGAAAAAUUACCUCUGAGCAGCUUCACCAUUUUGUACAGAACAAUUUUACAAGUGCGAGAAUGGCACUUGUAGGAAUAGGUGUGAACCACGCUGACCUAAAGCAAGUUGCAGAGCAGUUUCUGAAUAUCAGAAGUGGAGCUGGUUCUUCUGGUGCAAAGACUGUCUAUAGAGGAGGAGAAGUCAGAGAACAGAAUGGUGAUAGCCUUGUCCAUGCUGCUAUUGUAGCAGAAGGAGCUGCUGUUGGAAGCGCAGAAGCGAAUGCAUUCAGUGUCCUUCAGCACGUUUUAGGUGCUGGACCACUUAUCAAGAGGGGAAGCAAUGUUACCAGCAAACUCUCCCAGGGUAUUGCCAAAGCAACUACCCAGCCAUUUGAUGCUUCCGCAUUUAAUGUUAAUUACUCUGAUUCUGGGCUCUUUGGUGUUUAUACCAUAUCUCAGGCCCCAAAUGCUGCAGAGGUCAUUAAAGCUGCUUUGAACCAGAUUAAGGCAGUUGCUCAGGGCACCAUCACAGAUAUCGAUGUCACAAAGGCAAAAAAUCAGCUGAAAGCCACCUAUUUGAUGUCAGUGGAGACCUCAGAGGGAUUACUGAAUGAAAUUGGCUCAGAGUCACUGGUUUCUGGCACACACACAUCGCCAUCUGAUGUUGCUCAAAAGAUCGACUCUGUAGCCACUGCUGAUGUUGUGAAUGCUGCAAAGAAGUUUGUCAAUGGGAAGAAAUCAAUGGCAGCUAGCGGGGAUUUGGGAAAUACUCCUUUUCUUGAUGAGUUGUAGGAAAAAAAAAAGCUGCGAGGCAGAUUCAGAGUGGAUCAGAGCUAUAAGUCACCUGUGUUCUAAAUAAAUUGCUACUAACUUGUUAUUUAUGAAUUCAGUUCUUUCAGAAAAUUAUUCUGGAGUAAUUGUGGGCUUGCACACAUCAAAUAAAGUGCUGAGUUCAUAUA